AUGAACCUUGAAAUUUCAAAGCAAUUCAAAGAUUUUCUAGAGCCAUUUGACAGGCUUGUAAAUUUGAAUGAAAAUAAUCCCACGGCUAGUACAAGCUCUUUACAUAGCACAGACGCAUCUUCUAGUUCAUCCAAUCGCAAGAACAAGGAAACUGUCGAAGAAAGAUUAGACGCGUUGAUGAAGAAAGCCAAUCACAAUCAGUCACACUCACAGCCGUCACCGAGUCCUCCACUUGAAACUCCCCCUAUCAUCACCACAGAAUCCUUUAAUAGUUCUUCCACUUGCCUCAAAGACUCCAAAUCUACUCACAGCGGCGAUAAGUCCGCUAUUAAAGUUAAGACCGUCUCCUGGAAUAUGGCCGAUUCCCUCGUUAAAGGCGAUUUAGAAGUUUUAUUAGGUCAUGUUCCCCCUUUUGUGCCAAAUUCUUCCUCCAAUCCACACCCUGAUCGUCUACCUCAACUUGAUUGCGAUGAUGCCCAUCCUUAUCAUCUCGUCGUCGUCGCCGGUCAGGAGUGCCCAACCACCUCAAAUAUCCUCCCGCGUGGCUUCAGCGUUGCUUUACGCGAUAAGAAUAAGCGCGAUACCAACAAUGAAUCGAAUCUGGAUUUGUCUCAGCCACUAGUACAAUCUCCUAACAUCUCUUCUAAUUCUCAGUUUACCCCUAAUGAGCAACAUAACUCCUCUAUACAAUCUGGCUGGUCUGGUAUUCUCGAGCAGUGGUUUUGUCACGGUGCUGGUACUUGUCAGAAUCCCGAAAUUCCUCCAACUCCCGGCGAACUAACCAAUAAUGAAUCCCUUUUAGCCCCUCCUCCUAUGGCUGAUAAGAAAUCUAACACAAGUAAUCAAUCUUCAAAUAGUUCUGUCGGAAUGCAGCCUUCCACUUCCGCUAACUCACAAUCUCAACAAUCUCAGCAAACUACCCGACCACCAAUGAUAAAACGUCAUUUCUCCAAGUCAUCCAGGUUCGAAAAAGACCUAUCUAAGCAGACAAGCUACGGCUCUGGUCCAUAUGAGUUAUUGGUGAAAGAGCGCUUAAUGGGCAUAUACAUUGCCGUGUUUGUCUAUAAAGGUGCUAAGCAUCUCAUUGAAGGGUCUUCAACAGCAGUCGUCACUGCCGGUUUAUUAGGCGGUAGACUUGGUAAUAAAGGAGCCGUUGGUGCCAGUGUGAAGAUUGCUGAUACAAGAUUACUCUUUAUCAACUCUCAUUUGGCAGCACAUGAGCAUAGACUCGCGGAGCGGUUAGAAAAUAUGCAAAAGAUUCAGCGUAGCUUGGCUGUUGAUACUUUCCUGUCUCCAAAUGAUCCAAAGAAUUCCAAGGAGGACGUCACUGAAAGAUUCGACUUUACGUGGAUCAUGGGUGAUCUCAAUAUGAGAGUGGAUAUCACUCGAAAACACGCAGACUGGCUUAUAAUGAACAAAGACUACAAAGCUGCGUUGGAGUUUGAUCAAUUGCGCUCUGUUAUGAAGGAUGGACAGGGAUUUAAAGGAUUCAAUGAAGCUGAGAUUAAAUUCCCCCCUACAUUCAAAUACGAUGUUGCAAAGCGUACACGGACAUUGCGUCGGAGGUCAUGGGAUAAUCGUUCGAUGAACAGAACAUCAACCCCGGAUAUGUCAAGACCAUCAUUGGAUUCGACCGCAGAGUUUGUUGAAAUUAAUGACGAUGAUCUUUCUUCAAUUGCUUCUACUUCUAGAAGCGGUCAUUCAUCUUCAAAUACUGCUAAAUCUCCAUCAAUUGCAUCUUCUCGCCUGACGUCUGACGCUGAUGAUGGCAGUGAUGAUGAGGAUGACGAAGCUUUGCGUAUUGCUGCAAUUAAUGCAUCCCAGCUGGAAGACUCAAAGCUAUUUGCCGGUGUUGAUGUUGAUAAAGCCGUGGAGAAUGUUAAAGACGCUUUUAGAUCGCUUGUGAAACCUAUAUCUACACCUUCAAAUGACAAUAAUAGUAGCAGAAAAAGUAUCGAUUCCCGCCAGUCAAGUAACAGGCUUAGUGUUGACUUUUCCAAAAGAAGUAGUGUCGUUAGUGAUACGGAUUCGAGGAGUAAUAGUUUAGCUGAAUCUAGCAUGGAAUCAUCUCUCAACAAGCGUAGAAGUAGUAGUAGCGUUGCGCAUGAAUCAAAAUCUAGUCACAAGCCUCGUAAUUUAAGUUUGGAUGUCAGUAACUUAAGUGGUUACAGCGGCGGACCACUUAGUGCUGGUGCAUCACCAUAUAGUCGUCUCUCAUUCUCCAGAAAGUUGAGGCAUAGUCUAAGAAAAUCGUCUCAUUCAUCUAGUAGCAAGCACGAUGAUGACUUGCGCAAUUCAGCAAUUGACGAGACUGCUUCGAAUGAUCCAGAAGAGGAUUUGAAGUCGACGUACGACUCAUCACCCAAGCAACGUGUACCAUCGUGGUGUGAUCGUAUUCUUUGGAGAUCUAUGCUGACAUACGAGACUGAGGAUAUGGACCGGUUACGUAAUCGAAAAUUCUCAAAAUUGGGGAAUGCAAUCUCUCAUGUUCUCCGUCGUCGUUCUUCUUCAAAAGGGAGCUUGAAAGAGAUAGGUAGCAGUCUCAGUAUUAGUAAUCUCUCAAAUCACAACCGUCAUAGCCAUAGUCACAGCACAUCUCAAACACAAGCGCAACAUUUGCAACCACCACCACCUUCAGAGGAAACAGAAAUAGCAAGACCAAAGCUUCAAGCUUCGAGAUCUGCCGAAGAGUUGCCCAAGUUUAGUCCGACUAACAAAGUAAGCUUUUUGGCAGGCUCAUCAAACAUUUCUCCAAUUAAGAAUGAAAGAAAGGAGAAGGAAAAGAACGAGAAGAAGAAGUUUUUCGCUCGUUUCAGAUCAAAUUCACUUGGUAAUUCCAAGGGAGACGAUGUAAUAGAUCAUCCUAGACCGCUCAAAGAUAUGAAGUCAAGGAAGAGUUUCUCAUGGUUGGAAACAACAGCUGGAAGAUCUUCACCAGAACUACUAUCGCCGGACGAAAUGACGGGAUCACCAUCAAUAUCACCCAAGAAUUUGUCGUUGACGACGAACCUCAGCGAGCCAAAUACAAGUAGUACGAAGGCUAAUCAACCACCACCUUCUCAUUCUAACGAUGGCAUGCAAGUAUCCAAAUGGCUUGUGCAUUCUUUUCCUUCGCUAUUCGGAAGUGGAAGCGGUAAACAGCCAUCCGGUUUGCUAUUCGACAGUGGAAUGGAUAAAACCAACAGUGAUGCUUCAACAGCAGCCCAUCAGACACCCGUGGAGGUAGAGCCACCAAAGCAGAGGGGACAGGUUGAUUGUAUCAAUUAUAGCUCCCUCACUGAUUACGAAAUGAGGAAAUUGGAAGGCAGAUCAGACCACAGACCAGUCUUAGGAUCAUUCUUAGCACCGUCAAGUGUGCUAUCGAACAGAAUGCGUAACUUCAAACUAUCACUCAUUCAAUUAGGUGCAACGACUGCUGAUAAGACAAGCAAUUUGAACAGAGCCAGAAACCAAAUUCUCGAGGCUUCGAAAGACAACAAGUCUGACGUAGUCGUAUUGCCAGAAUGUUUCAACAGUCCUUAUGGUGUAAAGUACUUUGAGAAAUAUGCCGAACCAAUCCCUCAGCCAGGUCACGCUCACGCUCGGGGUGAGCUGAGUGAGUCGAUAAAGAUGCUUAGCGAAGCAGCCAAAGAGGCUAAGGUAUUUUUGAUUGGUGGAUCAAUCCCAGAGCGUGAAGAGAGCACUGGUCGCAUAUUCAACACGCUCACUGUAUACGAUGAUCAUGGUAACCUCGUUGGAAAGCAUAGGAAAUUACAUCUGUUCGAUAUCAACAUUCCUGGCAAAGUAUCUUUCAAGGAAAGUGAGACGCUCACCGCUGGCUCCGAUAUUACUAUCGUUGAUAGUCCAUUCGGAAAGAUUGGUUUGGGUAUCUGCUACGAUGUCAGAUUUCCAGAAAUGGCUAUGAUAGCAGCGCGCAAAGGAUGCGUUGCAAUGAUCUACCCUGGUGCUUUCAACACCACAACAGGCCCGUUGCAUUGGGAAUUACUUCAAAGAGCUCGCGCUGUUGAUAACCAAUUCUACGUCGCUAUGUGCAGUCCAGCCCGAGACGAAACAGCAGAGUAUCAUGCAUGGGGACACUCAACUGUUGUCAACCCCUCAGGCCAAGUGAUAGCAAAGACUGACGAGAAUGAAUCAAUAGUAUAUGCAGAUAUCGGUUGGUGUUGCUACAAUUAA